AUGGGUGAUGAAAAAGUGACCUUAGGCUGCACACGUAAGACCAGCAUCAUUAAUGUGGUCUACAAUGCCUCCAACAACGAGCUGGUCAGAACCAAGACCCUGGUGAAGAACUGCAUCGUCCUCGUCGACAGCCUUCCCUACAGGCAGUGGUAUGAGGCCCACUUUGCCACUCCUCUGGGACGCAAGAAGGGAGCCAAGCUGACUCCUGAGGAGGAAGAGGUCCUGAACAAAAAGAGGUCAAAGAGGACCCAGAAAAAGUACGAUGAGCGUAAAAAGACGGCAAAGAUCAGCACCCUCUUGGAGGAGCAGUUCCAGCAGGGAAAACUUCUUGCUUGCAUCGCAUCCAUACCCGGCCAGUGCGGCAGAGCAGACGGCUACAUCCUGGAAGGCAAGGAGCUCGAGUUCUACCUGAGGAAGAUCAAGGCCAAGAAAGGCAAAUGGAUGUACAGCUCUUUGAUAUGUCAAUAAAAUCCAAACGCCCCACAA